AAGCGGCGCUCCCGGGGUUCAGCGCUCGAUUCCGGGUCGAAGCGGAGGUGCGCGCGGCUUCUCCGGCGCUGCCCAGCGCCCUCUGGUUCUCGGUGCCGGCCCCGCCAUGCCCUCCUACCCGCAGCGGACCCUGACGGUGCUCCUGCUCUUCGGCACGCUGUCCGCCGCCAUGGCCCUGCUCGCUUCCAGCCUCAUCUUCCAGCUGCCGGCGGGUCGGACCGCUCUCGGAAGCGGUCCCGGUGCCGUUCGAGGAGCGCUGCCGGAAUCCGCGGCCGCCGUUUUGCUGCCGGUGUCGGCCGUGCUGGCCGCGCUCUGCCUCGUGCUCAACGUGAGCUGCCUCCUCCUCUGCCUCCUCCACGGCUACUUCAGCACGGAGCUGUGCCGGGGGCAGCCCGGGCCCGAGCGGGCAGACUGGUUCCUCCUGGACAGCCGGACUGUUCGCCACGCAGCCAUCGGCUUGUUCUGCUGCGGGGUCUCAGUCUAUCUGACAGCUCUUGCCAUCUACAUGCUGCUGCUGUUUGAACUCGAGGCUGGCAUCGCCAGCGCCUGCAUCCUCUCCUCUGGCAUCAUCGUGCUGUUGGUGACGGUGACGCACGCCCUGGUCCGCGCCUCCCAGCUGUCACACAGCCACUCCGAAAUCUCUCACACUCUGUAUGAGAACGACUCUGCCCAGCACAGCGAAACUCCCGGCAGCAAUCUGAACAACAAGAGCAUCCCUGUGCCCCGGCCCCGGCCUGAGAUCCAUCGGGAAUUCUCCUUCCCUCCGUUCCUGGAGCGCAAAUCUCAGCUGGGCUCUCCGGCCAGCAGCAAUCUCACCUCCUCGGGCAGCCCUGGGGCACGCUCUGAGAAGGAGAGCUACCACCUGCCCCGCACACACAGGACGCUGUCAGCAGAGUCAGCCUUGCUGCAGGCACAGGGCAAGCCCUGGAACGGCGUCACCCAGGAGAUGAGGAAUGUGCUGGCACGCAAACCUGGAGCCUCGGGCAAGGACUCGACCCUGGUGUGAGUGGAAUGUCCAUCUCAUCACAGCAGAACUGCAGGAGCCAUAGCCAAGAUCUGCAUCUCUGUUUAGAGCUUAAUAUAGGUCACGUCACAGCCCAAGUGUCAACGAUCCCUCAUGAGGUCGGGAUGGCUGAUUUUCCACCCUCUGCCCUCCUGCUCUGAGGAUGCUGCAUGGGCCUGUGCAGCCACAGCCACAGGUUUUCUUUGCUGAGAAGCCCCUCCUGCAGUGCUGCUGGCACUUGUCUCCCUGCAAACAAGACAGCAGGGGCAGGGAAAGGCUCGAGCAGGACUGUCCCAUCUCUGCAGGGCACUGAGCAGCAGCGAAGGAAGUGGCAACACGUGUGAGGGCUGAGAGGACUUUGUCCAGGAGCACACCUACCCUCCUUCCCCAGCAACCCCAGCUAGUUUCUCUGGCUGGCCAUGCCCCUCUCCCCUUCCAUUGCCUCCUCUAUUCCCUCAGUCACCAGCACCUCAACCCUCUGGGCAGGACAUGGGAGCUGCCUAUCCUGUGUUCAGUGGGAAAACCUUGCUGGGGAUCACCUGGAUGUCACCUAAGGACGGUGCCAAUUGUCAGUGCUGAGACCUGUGGCGCAGGAAGGGCUGUGCUGGUGGUUCUCUGCUGUCUGCAGGGCAGAAUGCACAAGUGCAACUGCUGCUCCUGUUGAAAAUGAGUGGGUUCAGCUCACAGUUACUAAAGCUACGUGCUUGGAUCCUCCCCACAUCCUCAUCAUCCAGCAAUCUGUAAAGCAUUUCAGGGAGUGAAGGAAGGCCGCUGACCCAGAUUCCCCCUCACCUUCCAUGUUAUCCUCACAGACACCUGUUACUCUGAGCACAAUACACAGCACUUUUUUGGAAGUCUAGCACUGCUUUGAUCCCUGUAUCCUUGGUAAAUUCUUCAGCAGAACAGAACUGUUGGUUCCAAGAGAGAUUAACACUGCAUGACACAGAAUGAAGAAAGUCCUUUUCUUUUUUCUUCCCAAAGAACAGGAGAGUUUCUUUCUCACUUGAAAAGGCUCCAACUCUGCAUGUCUUUGUUUUGCUCUGUGCCCUUUGAAAUACACAGAACCAGCAGGCUGCAAGACCCCCCAGCCCGAGCAAGCAAGAGGGGAAGGUCUGAGACAGAACAAACUUGUUUUUCCCUUUUAUUAUUGUUCUCACCAAGACCAAACUCAGCGACUCUUUGGCACACACACGAAAAGCUCUCCUUGCAGAACACCCCCUGAACAAGGCUGAAGUGUGCCUCCAUUCAGUCUGGACACAGCCAUCUACAAAAUACUGAAAGAAGACCUAGUUUUUUUCUGAGAUAUUUCUGUGGCCAACGGUUAGAGAGGAAAAAUGCCUCCUAGCAGUCCGCCAUCAAAAAGAACUGGAAAGGACAAAUGCAGAACCACCCCAUUUCCAUUCCCACUGUGGAAAGGGAUACGACUGCUCCCCAAAGCAUCCCCCAAAGGCAGCUCUGACCCCAGUGGCAGGGUUUUUACUGCUCAGGUGCAGCACCUUGUUACUGGGAACAGACAGGCAGGCACAGGCCUCUGUGCAACUUCACAGACUGAGCAGGUUUCUUAUUCCUCCAUAUGGUCAGAAAACGCGGAGCUGGGCUGGAGAAGAAGGCAGAGCACAGCCAGUCUUGUUUGCAAUCAGGAACUGCCUGGAGGAUUCUUGGCUUGUGGGGCAACAGCGCUGUAAAAAGAAACAGACAGUCACAUCCAGCAGCAGGACAUCAGCAGCCACGAGAACAUGAAGAACCAGGGGUUCCCUCCUGUAAAAGUUCACUGCUCGCAGCAGAGGAGCUGCUUAGACAAGAACACCUUUCAGUGCUCCACGCAGACAACGCAGCAGCACACACCAGCCACCGUGGGUGUUAAGAGAACGGUCUUUAAAGCCACAGCACCACAAAAAAAAAUAAAAGCAACCCAGCAAAAUGCACUGUAAGUGCUGGACAGCAUGACCCUGCUGCACGGGCAACUGGGAGAAUACAGAACCCGUACCAGAGAUGUGUAAAGCAGAGUCAUUCUGCAGACAGAGGCACUUUGUUUGCUGUGGUGGUUUUAUCAGGGAUGGACAUUUAAAACUGUUUGUGGUGAGCAUGGGUGCCUGGGAGUUUUCUCACUCCUAACCAGUCAGACUCCAAUACCAACACAGUUCUCAGGAGACAAAUAAACUGGACUCAGAUGAUCUGCUGGAAGAUGUUUUAGUAGCUGUAAUUCAACUGCAAAACACAAGAACACAACCUUUGUGCUGUAUCUGCCAGCACCACUAAUCUCUAUGGGACUUCCCUCAGGGAAAGAGCCAAAUGCAUGACAGAGAGCAGCACCAAGGGCAGCCUCUGACCUGUUCCAUCUCAGUAGCAUCACUGCAAGUGCCUUUAACACAAAGCUUUAGUGUAUUACAGAACCAAACAUCCCUAUUUAAAGAAGGCAAUAAAUUAUUUUCCACUUAUCUCUUUCUGUGAAUUAGAUUAUUUGCUUCUCCUGGUAAACAAAGAUCACUGGAAGGCAAGCAGCACACUGUUUUAAAUAAUAGUCUGGCAUGACAUUACUGAAAUAACUGCUGGGCAUGUUUGUUCUGGGCUGCAUUACAUCACCAAAGCCUCUGUCAGGCAAAAGGGUCACUGAUGAAUAAGCAGGGCAGUGUCACAGUGCCUUGCUACCUGCGGCCCUGAGCGGCGUUCAGCUGAUCCUUCAUGGCAAUGGCAUGCUUGAGCAGACUGUCAAUGCUCCUGAAGUACACGCUGCUGUCAGUCAUGCUCUUGAUGGCACUGAAAGAGAGAGGAGGACUGGUGAGCAUAUCCUCAGACUAACAGUGCUACACAUCUUCAGAUACCUGCUGGUUAGUGAGUGGAUCCACUGCAGGAGACGGGCAGGACUGCGCUGCAGGCUCAGGUGGGGAAGAGCUGGUGUGCUCAGCCAAGGGAAAGCCUCGAGGCUCUGGGAGCUCUGCCCUGCACCCUCACACCCCCACCUGACUGCUUUCUCCCUGGCUCACACAGGAAGCCAUCAAGGAAGAACAGGGGACCUCUGCUCUGCUUCUACUACAAAGCCUGUGCUGGCGAAUGCAGCCCUGUGACUGGGUGAGUCUGCAGUACCUGCAGGCAUACUCCACGGUGUAGAUGGCUCCUUGGCUCUGCUCCUCCCAGCUCUGCAUGUCAGACUGAAAGAAACAAGAGGGCAGUGUGAGGUGUGCACUCAACGACGCAGCUCACAGUGAUGCACUCUGCCAGCUCUGCACAAAUGAGGGCUCUGGCUGCUUUUCACUAGGAAGCUGUGUUUGGAUUCUGCCUACUGUUUGACAGCCUGUGAUGCUUGGCUCCGGGUGCCAAGCACUCGAAUUGGAAAGAAACAUUUAUCUGGAAGGGCUACGGGUUGGAGCCAACACUUGGGAUGCACUGGCAAAAUUCUCCUUGUUUUCAGAUGUAGCCAUGAGCCAGCUGGGAGCUGCAAUGAGGCUGGCUGCAAGCAGCCAGCAAUGCCACAGAGUGCCAGAAUGCCCAGAUCCCCUGGUGUGCCUGGCCCAACGCACCUCUUGCUGAGUCCAGUGCUCAGCUCCUCGUGCAAAACCAGGUAAAACAGCACUGAAAGCUCUCAUUCCAUUCUGCUUGCUAUUUGUAACCAUUAUCACAGCCAGAAGCCUCCUCUAGCCUGCUCUGAAACUCUGACCCCAAGGAGCAGUCAGCACUGUGCCCUUCCUUUCAUGAGCUCGGAAGGAGCCCUGUAAACUUCACAGCAACUCAACUACAUGCAGGCAGUUCUGGCAUGGGAUGCAAUUUUCCUCUCCAAGGAGAGGGAAAACCAAAUGCAUGUACCAAUCACAAUGAAAGCAUAGCUGAAUUCAGAGGUGUUGCUCCAUAGAUAACCAUUUCAAAAGUGCUCAAGUAGUUUGGGCACUUUUUAAAAUAUGUUCUCAUGGGAGCUCAUUCUCAAGUCUAUUCUGCUGGGUCUAGUUACAAGCCAAAGAAAACGCAAGGGCCUCUUUUUGUGACUGAAGGAGGUCGGCUGGGAGCUUGGAGUGCAUCCAAAAUCACUUCUGUCUGUUCAAAGCCUGUCCUACAUCGGGACGCUUGACCACAUGGCUACAAAAGAAACAAGCCUCUACAUGCAACACUGCAGGCAGCUCCCUGCAGGGUCCUCCCACCCGACUCACAACCCCACAAGCUGCCCUGCAGAGUUCACACUUAUCCCAGAGCCCAAUCACCUUUUACCUGACCAUAAUCUGUUGCUGAACACAGGCUUUGCGAGCAGAGGCAGCUGAAAGAGGCAGCUACGUCCUGCAGCUUUGCGGCCUGUUCUGCCCAAGAGGUGCCAGAUGAUCUUUAGCAACCAUUUAGAGCCCAGCAUCGCGCUGGCUCAGUCACCACAGCAGCUCAGCACUCUCCCUGCCCUGCUGAAAGCUCUGUGCCACCAAUGGCAGGUGACCCCCCCCUACCAACCAUUUCCUCCAGCAGCAGCACGGCCUCUGGACAGUUUCAAGGACUGCCUGUCAGCUCCCAAAGCCCAGUGCAGGAUGAGGGCACGGCUGUAAAACUGGGAAGCCAGAGAUGGUGGCUGCAAAGCUCCACUGAAAAGGUGGAAACAAUACAGUCACUUGCCCAUGGCCCUGAGCACAAGCAGAUUUUAUUAAUUCCCCAGCAUCAGUGCCAGUGAUGUCCAUUCUCAGCAUUCCCUCUACUUCCUAGGAAUGCUGUGCCAUUAAUUAGCAACAAAAGCCUUUCCCUAAAGCUCUUCAACUUUUCUUAACGUCCUUCCUUCAAAUUCCCAAGAGGUGCCUUUGGAUGCAGUUUAAGAACUAAAGCCAGCUAUUAAUAUACUAAGGAUAUAUUACUGUUGCUUAGCAGUAAAUUAAUGAGGAGAUGUAAGUUCUCAAAAGAUCAGGGGAAAUCCAGAAAGGCAGCUUUGUGCAGAGCAGAGCUUAGCAGCACAGCUCCGACACGUGGAGGCAGUGAGGGCCCUGCAUUGUGCUCCAUCUUAUCAGCAAGGGGCUGAAUCUGCCUGGAGAGUCUGAGACGGUAAGGAAGGUAUUAAGAUUAUUUUUAAUCAAAUCCAAGAAAGUUGCUUGUUGUAAAGACAUGGAGGUGACCUUCUUCUUGCUUACUUCCCCCUCCACCCCCCAGCUCAUUUUUCCUAGGUUUAAUCUCCUCAGGAAUUGUAAAAGCUGCAUUUCAGGAGAACUGUGCCAACCGUGGACAGAGCUGCUGCAAGGCUGAAAGCAAAGCUGGAAACCACCAAUAAAUCCUGUUUCCUUUAUACAUUACUUGCACCUUGGGACUAAAUUACAAGAGAAUGGAUCCAGGCAGAACACUCCUUUUUCUUCUUUUCCAUUCUGAGGAAUUAAACCCACCUUAAUUCAGUGCCUUUGCUCUGAUUUAGAUAAAACCUGACAGUGCUUUCACGGUGCGCAGCCCUGCUGACACUUUCCUGUUCCAGUAUCUUGGAACAGAGCCGAUGGGCUUCAGCAGAGCAACCCAAAAUAUCCAUCCCCACCAAUCAAUGCUCCACACUGCCGGUGGCCCCAUCAGGGCACUGAGCACACCUCUCUCCUGGGGGCUUGGCUGCCUGGUUUGCUGCAGACAGCAAGGAAAAUGAGAGCGGGAUGAAUUGCAAGAGAAAGAACCUGACCACAAUUCCAGCAUCAGCAGCCUGGCAGCGUGGUCAGGAUGCCAGAUACCUGCAGGGAGGAGAGCACACUCCCAAACAUGGCACUGCAGCCUUGGAAGAAUGAACGUGGGGGCUGAGAGGCUGGAGGAGGCACCACCAGCAGUUCCAUCUACUGUUGUUUAAGCUGCGAGAAAGAAUCUGCUUUCCAUUUUCCCCCAGCCCUUACCACGUCAAUGCAUUGCUAAACACAAAGGAAUGCAGUUGAAAGCUGGAAGUGCCCAUGAGGUGGUCACAAAGAAAUGGAUAAAAACAGCAGCAUCUUUGAGGCAGUAUUAGGAGGAUGUUCCCAACAUUAGAGGGGGACGGCGAGAUUGGGGUGGUGCUGGGGCAGCCCUAAAGCAGAGGACAACGAGCACUGCAUUCAACCUUGACCUGACAGAGCACCACUACUGCAGGGAGCACACAGAGCUCCUCCUCCUGUAAGGGCCUGCACCCAGGGCAGGACAGAUGCUGUGAGGCUGGACACGAAGGUAUCAAAGGCAUCUGAUGGCUGCAGUCACAUGGGGACACACUGUGUCCUCAUAUUUGCUGCUGGCAUCCCCAGGACUGCAAAAUCUUUCUUAUGAGAAGAAAGUGGAAAAUAGAAGCAAUUUUGGCUAAAAAAAAGACUUCUCCAGGAUGGCUGUAACCAGCUGAGACUGAGGAGAAUGCCUAGCAAGAAAAAUGAAAGCAGCAAAGAUUUUCAGAGAUCUUGUUCAGCACAAACCCCAUGUCUAACAACCAGCACAGUGUCCAGCUUGUUCACUUGGCUGCUGCUUCCAUUUGUGCUUCUGUGCUGCCCUUCACCCUCCUCCCUGUUAUAAACCACUCGGUGAUGGAAACUGAUCUCUUCCCUCUGCAUGACUUGUCAUACAAUUUGUUCAAUUUCCUUUUGUUCCAGACACAUUCCCUGAAACCGGGGCUAUCUUGAUUAAAUGAAAGCAAGUGACAGCUCAGGAAUAAUUUUAUAAACCUGUCUCCUGCAUCCCAGUGAUGCAAUCGCAUCAGCGUGUGCCAUACAUACAUAUACAUCUCUAUAUACCUACCCUUGCACACAGACACGUAUAUAAAAUGUUAAUAAAUAAUUGAAUAAUAAAGUGUCACAA